GAACCGCGGAUGGGCCAAAAGUGGAUGCUGUAUGAGAAAUUUUCAAUGCGAAUAUUAUUUUUAUCGUGUGAAUAGUGCGCUACGUCGUCUGCUUGUAUUGUAGCGACGACGCAAGGACAGUGUAAUAACAAACUAAAAACUGUUCGAGGCAUUUGCCUUCACCAAUUAAUAAAGAAACUGAUGCAUCUUGUGUGAAACGAGAGGUUAUCUUCUGGUUGACUACUGUUCCUUUCGAAGAGCAUCUACAUCUUUAUUUUCUCUGUCAAGAACGGUGAAAUGGCAAAACCACCGCGUAGGCUCUUGUAUCAAGCUUGGUGUAGUUUUAUAGACUCUUUCAAACCUCGAACUUCCAAGGCUGAAUUGAUGGGUGAAGACAUGUUAGGUAACAAGUACUUUGAAGCCAAGCCUACUUCAAUAUCGCAUAGGACUAAGCCUUCGAGAUAUUACUUGCCCGCCAGUGGAGAAGAGGAUUUCAUGCAAGAAUUACCAGCAGAAUGGGAGGCUUGGUUGAGGGGCAGGAGAAAGGUUCCUCCCACACCUGAGGAGCUUGCCAAAAAUUAUGCAAUUAUGUUACAGAAGAAAGAAAAUGCCAAGAAACUCGAGGCCGAAAGGGAGGGUGCUAAACUAUUGGAUACUCCUAUGAAGCCUAAAGGAAUGGAAUCUUACCCACAAUAUGGUGAUCAUUUUGAAGAUAUGCCGGGUAGGAACUUGGAUCCAAACAGGAAACCGAAGUAAUGUUCCGCAAACUUAGCUGAAGCAAGCCAUAGUUGUAAUUUGUCCUUUAUUUUCAUUAAAUAUCUAUAUCUGA